CGAGGGUGCGUACGCGCCGUGAUUGAGAGAGAAGAUGGCGGACGGGGAGGGAGAAACGGAGCUGGGGCCGAGAGGACGAGCAGAAGAAACGGGAGAGGAUUCUCCUCUCGCCCCGGACAGCCUGCCGAAGAAGCUGCGUGAGCUGGAGGCCGCCCUCCGGCAGCAGGACGUCUCGGUAACUUCGUCCGGAGACUACUGCAGCAGCUUCUGUGAGAUGCUUGUUCAGUAUGCUGGCAGUCGGAAUGCCCAGGAACACGGGCUGUCUUUGCUGGAAGUUUAUCGGCUGUCCAUACAGAGCUUUGCUCUUGCGAGGCCUCAUCUCACCACAGAAUGUGAAAACGUGCUUUUGGUACUUGGACGGCUAGCGCUGAGCUGUUUUGAGCUGCUGCUUUCAGUGCCUGAAAACGAAAUCCCAUAUGAGGUUUGGCUGCAGUUUCAUCAGUCUGUACUGGGUGCUCACAAAGCCUUGCUGGAAUUUGGGAACGGUGUUCUGCUAACCCUGCUGGAGAUCACCAGUGAAGGAGGUGCCUGGAGGAACCCAGUGCUCUUAAAAAUUCUCACUCAGCAGCCCACAGAACCAGAAGACGUAAGUAAAUUCAUUGCACGGGAAGGUCCUGCUUUCCUGGAGAUGCGGAUAAAGCACUUAAUUAAGACGAACAACGUACCUCAGGCCAUGCUGCUGGCUAAGCUGUGUGCCGAGAGCGUCGAGAUUGCGAACAAAACGCCCUUUCGCCAGGUCUAUAUCUCCCAUCUCUGUGACAUGCUGCCCAGCGAGGAGGCUAUCCAGGAGAUUUCCAAUGUGGACUGUAAAGAGAUUCUGGAUAUGGUCUGUAACCUGGAGGCAGAAGGACAGGAGAAUACAGCCUUUAUACUCUGCACCACAUAUCUCACACAGCAGCUGCAGAAGGAAAAUAUGUAUUGCUCAUGGGAGCUGACCCUUUUCUGGAGCAAGUUACAAAGAAGAAUCGAUCCCUCCUUGGAGUCCUUUUUAGACCGCUGCCGGAGGUUAGGUGUCAUAGCUAAAACAGCAUACCACCUGCUGUUCUUGGUCAGAGUUAUUCAGACUGAGACAGAAGAGCUUGGUCUGGCUGUGUCAGUUGAGCUUUGUGUAAGAGCCCUCCAGAUCCCAUCCCAGGACAAUGCAGACACCAAGAUGUCUGUUUGCAAAAUGAUAGCUUGCCUUCUGCCUGACGACCUGGAAGUGCGUCGUGGCUGCCAGCUCACAGAGUUCCUCCUGGGUCCGACACAGGAGGCCUACAACCUGCUGGAAGAGCUGUACCUGAAGCCUGACCAGAAAUACGACGAAGGGAACAGCAUUGUCCCCAUCUCCCUGCGCUGCGAAGUCCUGCUUGCCCUCAAAGCGCACUGGCCUUUCGACCCUGAGUUCUGGGACUGGAAGACCUUAAAACGCAACUGCCUUAAGCGGCUGGGUGUGGAGCCAUUGGAUGAGUCUGGGGAAGAGGAGCUCCACGAGCAGCAAGCAAACGAUCAAGGGGAGAGUUUAGCCCACCAAAGCCAUUCAGGAGAGAGCUUCCUUUCUGACAAGGAGGAGGAGAAAGAGCAGCAGCAGGUGACACCAGCUCAGACGGGUUGGAAAAGGAAGAAAAAGGAAGUAGGCACCUCUGAACGAUACAAGAGGUGGCUGCAGUACAAGUUCUGCUGUGUGAUCUGCAGCAGGGAGGUGAUUGAGGCACGGAUACUGCACCAUGCCAAGACGCACAUGGUUAAUGGUGUCUUCACCUGCCCUAUCUGCCUCCAAAAGUUUGAGGGCAAGCACAAGUUUGUGCCACACCUCACAGAGCAUGUUCGCAUGCCUGCCAGGAGAAAUCAACCUAAAAAAAAAAUAGGAAAAAAGAAAAAGGUGAAGAAGGUGGAAACAAUGGAGGAAGACAUGGAGGAGUUAGGAGAAGUAGGCAUGGAGGAGUUGGAACUAGGAGAGAUUAAGAUUGAUCGCUCCACCCUGGAAGAUGAAGCAUUACAAACUUCUAGGACACCAGCUGAGAGCGAUUACAUCACCUUCAGUUAUAUUGCUGAUAAUUUUGAGCUGAGAGACAGAGACAUUUACCCUUGCCCUGCCACCGACUGCCUCAGACUAUUCAAGCACUUCAAGUACCUAAGCGUGCACCUCAAAGCGGAGCACCCAGAGUCAGACGAUAAUGCAAGGCACUAUUUAGAGAUGAAGGACCGCCGGGAAAAGUGCACCUUCUGUCGCCGCCACUUCCUUACCCCCUUUCACCAUCGACAGCACAGGCGUGUGCACUACGGAAAGCUGCCUUACAUGUGUGUGGCUGCUGGCUGUGGUGCCCGCUUCAACUCCACCAAUCAGCUGGUGGCCCAUAAACAGGCGCACGGUUACCAGCUGAGCUACCAAUGUGAGCUGAAGGGUUGCAGCCUGACUUUCAGUGAUCUGGGGCAGCUCUAUCACCAUGAGGCCCAGCACUUCAGAGAUGCUGCAUACAACUGCAUUCAUCCCAGCUGCAAGAAGUUCUAUUACUCCAAGAAGGAGUUUGCAAAGCACCUGGCCUCUCAUGGUUUAACCUUCUCUGAGGAUAACUUGAUGUCUUACAGGAAAGUAAAACAGGAGUUUGAGGCGCCUCUAGGGGAAUCUGUUGUGGGUCCUGUUGAAGGAAGCAAAGCUGAAAACACGGACGUCCCAAAACCCAUCUUGGAAGAACUCAUGAACGGCAUUAAAACAGAGACUCCAGACUUCUCACAAUUAGUUGAGAACCCCACCACUCCUGCACCUGUUCCUGCAGCCAGUGAGUUGCUCACUGGCACCUUGACCAGUGUGGCAGUUUGUUUUGACGGCAAAAAGUUCACUUGCGGUUUUGAGGGCUGUGGUCUGACCUUCAUCCAGGCAAGAGACAUACAGAGACAUCUGAAGAACGUUCAUCCUUUGCAGUUCAAGCGCCAUAAAAAGGGAGAGAAAACAAAAAAAAUGUGCAAGAAAAGUAGACUGCACCAGAGCAGAAAACCACUUCGCUUUCAGGAACACAGCUCAGGCAGUCAUUCCAGUUCCUUGCCCGACCCUGAAUUGGGACACAGUGAUCCCCUUUCUACUGAAAUAGACUCUCCAAACCCUGUUGAAACUCAACCAAGCUCCAGCAAUGAGGAGUCUUUGAUAGAAAUACUGGCACGCCUGAGCCAGCUGAGUUUGAAGACGCCCAUAAUUGCUGCUUCCUCUCUGACGAGCCAUUCCUUUUUGGGGUCUUCCAUUACACAGGUGACUCUUCCUUCCACCACUGGUGCUAACCCCCCUACCAAGCCAACGGACAAAAAGGCAGUUUUGAAAUCUCAGCCUCCCCAGUCUGGCUACAAGAAGGAACUACCAGCAGCAACAGCUGAGGGACCAUCAGCUUCUCCUUUGCCACCACCGCUCCCUUCGCAGCAUAACAAACAGGUUUCCCAGUUCCUGGUUCAAGCCAGCAAUAAGCCCUAUUUCUGCGAACUCAAGGAUUGCAAGUAUAGGAGUGUGGCUCGGGCAGCUCUCUUAGUUCACUACCUUAAAAAGCACAGCAUGUCUAAGGAUAAGGUGAUGGGGAUGGAGAUGUUCCACAGGAAGUUCAAGCCCUUUGCGUGCCACCUUUGCCCUAGUGCUUUUACCAGGAAAUCACAACUAAGGCUGCACUUGAUGAGCCAGCACAAGCUCAGCAAAACAUUGGUAGCACAGAUGAGUUGUUCGAAGAAGAGGAGGGGCGACAGAGAUAGGAAUGAUGCAGAGAAAGUGCCUGAUUCCUACGCCAGUGGCGUAAGCCUUGAUAGAGAACUGCCAGAAAAGGGGCAACAGAAAAAGGAGGCUUCAAACUGGGGGAAAAAAAUUAAAAAGCGUAGGAGGGUUGGGGUUUGCAGUACUGAAUUUGAGAAAAGAUUGCAGGACAGGGAAGAAGAGUUGGAGGAAGAGGAGACCGAUGUAAAAGCCACGUCACCUGCCAUAGAAGAUAAUGAGGAGGAGGAGGAGGAGGCCAGGGAGGGGCGGGGAAGCAGGCGUUUGAUGGCCAAAGGCAGUCUGUGUUACAUCCUGAGCAAAUACAACAAGCCUUUUGAGUGCGUGCACAAGGGCUGCAGUUCAGCCUUCACCAACCAGAAUGGCCUCAUCAGGCACCUUCGGUUAGUGCACCGCUACAACAGAGAUCAGCUGUGUAUGGAGGGUGGUCAGCGGCAAGGUGGGGGAGCCAAAAAGGACAGGAACUGCAGCAAGCGCAUUCGCAGCUUAUCUGCCCUGGCUAGGCACAGUGAGGAGUCUCGCAGACCGAAGAGAGAGGAAUCCCCGGAGCCAGAGGAAUCCCCAGAGGCGCAGACUUUGGCUUCAGAGGAACCUGUACCUCAGUUCAGCUGCAGCUACAGUGAUUGCACAGCCAGCUACCACCUUUACAGCAGCUUGCUGCGGCACCAACGCCUGUUACACAGUGACCAGACCCUGCAGCCCUGCAGUAAACGCACACGUACCAAGCUCCGCUGCACCUACGAAGGCUGCACCCGAGUCUUCUCCCACCGAAAUACCUAUGAGCAGCAUGUCUUCUUCAUGCACAGGAAUAACUACGACUCCUUCGUUCUCCGGCUCCAGAAUGAAAAGGAAGAGGACAGAAAUAAAGGGGCCAGUGGUUGCCAAAAAAAAUUAAUCUCUGUCAUUGCCACUCCAUCUCCCAGUCUCAGUCCUCCACUGCAGUCCCCACCAAGACAGGGGAAAGGGUCUACUAAGAAGAAGUUUCUUACGAAAGGUAAUCUGUCGCUCAGGACGCCCGAGGAGGCCCUGCAGAUGUGUGAGGACAGGAAUAUUCCAGUGGCGUACCCUUGCAUGGUGCAGGACUGCGAGUCAGUUGUCACGCUAGAGAGCAGCCUGAUCCGUCACUACAAGCGCUGUCACAACAUACGACAUACCUACCUGGGGAAGCACUAUGAUAAGCUGGUCAACAAUGCAGAGAAACUAGAGGAAACGAUCCAGAAGAACUCCACACCUUCUGUCCCAACAUUGCUAGAUAAACCAGUGAGUGUGGAAUACCAAAAGGAGCUGAAGAACCCAUUGGCCUCGAAGUUGCCUGUAAGCCUGCCUUCCAUAAAAUCCUCCUUGGAUGAGCAGGACCAUUUGGGUUUUGGAGAGGAGAUCUCUGAAAAUGACUUUACUUUGGACGCUGAUGACCUCCUUUAUGGUGAGGCAGUAAAGAAAAGUAGAUGCUACAGCAGCAAUGGGGGGCAGCCUCGGAGAAAUGGCUAUGGGUUUGAGAAGAAGCCAGAACCACCACCUCCACCCCAAACGUUGCUUUGUUUUAGCAGAGAGGACGGUUUCCUGGAUUUAACAUGCAAAGGAGGUGGCAAGGGGACGGGGACCUUCUCCAGCGUCUCUAGGCCACCCCUGAAACGCAAGAAUGAGCAGGCGGACCCCCUCCUGGCAGCCAAAGAGAACUAUCAAUGCCCCCGCAACCUUCAUAACCGGAGCCCCACACCCAGGACAUUCGACCUGAAGACCUAUAAACCCAUGGGCUUCGAGUCAUCCUUCCUUAAGUUCAUCCAGGAAAGUGAAAGCAAGGAUGAGGUAUUUGAGGAAAGCCUCCCUGAGCCCCAGGUUGUCAUUAAACGCAGGGAUGUUCACAGGCGGGGCUGUUCUGUGAAAGAGAACAGUCAGAGAAGAUUGGGGCGAAACAAAAAUGGCUCGCUGGUACAUGGCAAGCUGUCAGCGUUUCAGCCUCUGCUGUCUGCAGAAGAAUCUGCCACAGUGCAGAACCUGAGGUCCAUCUUGGACAAAGCACUGACGGACUGCGGGGACCUAGCCCUCAAACAGCUGCAUUAUCUCAAGCCAGUGGUGGUGCUUGAGAGGUCUAAGUUUUCAACAUCUUUGUUGGAUCUGUUUCCAACAAAAAAGGCAGAUGAACUUUGUCUGGCAAGUUCUUGAAAACCAAGAAUGAACUAAAAAGACAUUUGAUUCCAGUAUUUUUUUUUUUUUUUGUUAUUGUUUUUAAUCAAAUAAAAAAGAAAAAAGUUGCCAAACUGUAAAAGCUCAAGUACCUUCAAUAAAUAAUAGCAGGUAUUGCUUUCUAAAACAUGUCGUACAAUGUGAUAACAGAAUGUUUGUAUGUAAAACCCCAGGGUUUUCGUUAGUUUAUAUAAGACUUCAGUUCAGUGGUGCUAAAUUAAACACAGCAUUGACAUCAGGGGCUUUAAGAAAUUUUGCAUGAUCAUAUUAAAUGUGUGCAUGGAAAAGCUCUUUUUUUUUUUUUUUUGGAGGGGGGUUGGUGUUACAAGUAAAUAGAAUGUGCACUCCUAGGGUGCUCGUAAUAUAAUGUACACUACAAUUCACUUUGUUAUUUUUUUAGUUUUAAGUACCAAAUAAAUUACUUACUCCCCCCCCACAGUAGAUCAGGAGGUCAGUAACAUUUUUUUUUUUCUAUCAAGAUUUUGUAAGGUGCGGGUGUUACCGUGAGUUUAAGUAAAUGAAGGAUUAUCACAACAAAGGCUCAAGAACGAAAAUUAAUGCUUUUUCUUUUUCCUAAUGUAAAUGCCCUUUUUCUUGGAGAUUUUAGAAGGGAGAUUUGCGUUGUCUGUUUUUUGAAGAUCAAAGAUCAUUUUAUUUAGUGUGCACUUGAUGAGUCUUGUUCAAUUUUAAACAUCCACCACAUUCAUAGUGGUGGUCAAUGUUCUGCUGCUUUAUUCUGUUAAUUAACAUUUUUGUUUAACUAAACUCUCUAUGUUUUCUCAACAAAAUAUGACAGAACCACCAGAUCUGUUGGCAUCAUGAAGUGGGCAAAAGGAAUAGCCAAGACCAAUUUGCUUCAACACUGCCGCAGGAACAGUUGUGUCGUUUCCAUUCUGAAAUAUUAUAUAUAAUAUUGGAAGUUGGAAGAGAUUGAGGACUUACU